ACAAAACGAUUUCUCUGAUUUUAAACAUCUUGAAAUGUGUAAUAAAACUUCUUUUAUCUGCAGGAGAAGCUAGAAAGGACAUGAGAAAGCAAAAUAUCGGCAAGUAGCGUGCCAACGACAAAUUUUUUCAUUGUUUCAGGGGUUCUGCUCAGUCACACAAGCAGAUAUUUUCAACGUUUAAUAUCAUUUUUUGUUUGCUAGAAAAUUGUGAAUAAACCCUGUGUGGUUUAACUAUAUUUAGAAAGUUCAAUCAAAUUUUAUAGGCGCGAGAAGUUGUCACCAUAAUUAUGGACCACCCUGUAUAUUCCCGCUAACAUCUAUUGGUCAUUUAGGUAUCUAGACAGAAAAAAAAUUACAAAAAAUAGUUCUUCAUUGUUUAUCGUUUAUUAUUUUUCUUGAAUUUUUUUUAAAUGAAAUUCCACUUUUGUCUCUAAAUUAAGGACCGAUUUUCAUCGUCUUCUAACUUUAUUUGGAAAAACUGACAGAAAACUUAAUUUCGAUAAAUUUUCACCGUGUUCAGACUUUCGAAAAUUUCAAAAACGGAAACGCCGCAAAAAAAAGAAGCAGCCACAAAAAUUCCAAAUAAUCGACGACUACCAUAACCUUUUUGCGCGCCGAGACCCAUCUGAAUAAAUUCGUGCGCCUUUAAGAAGAAAUGUCAAAAUUUUGUGAAACUACAAUAGUAAGGCUUAUGGGAAAAAAUUUCAAAUGCUUUUUCGAAAUAUUAAAAAAAAAUGUUUUUUUUUUUUCAAAAAAAAGAUCGAUCAACAAUUUAACAGAAAAACUUCAGAUCGAAGCUUUAGGGGAAUAGCCAUUGAGUUUAUUUAAAAUAAUUUAAUCUGAUACUAAGCGCGGGCUUCCAAAUGAGAUACUUUUCAAAAAUAAGCACACUUCCUAUCCACUUUAGUCCUUGCAAGGUCACUUCCUUAUAUUGAUGAUUCAUCGUUUCUAAUUUGAUAUUGCUUAUGAUAAAAGUAUUAUAUAAAUACAUGUAUCAUGUUAUCAUGUUAUUAUUAUGUUAUCAAUUCCAAUGCCUUCUUAUUCAUCGUUUCCUUCAUUCCCAAGAAAUUCGAAUUCGCACCAAGUAAUUAGUUUUCUGCAAGUUUUACUUAUAAUUUUCUUAUUCCUUACCAUAUUCUUCUGUAUUGCAAAAUUUCAAUCUAAAGACUCUGCGCACAGCAUUUUUUAUGAAACCACCACUACAGUCUCAUUUUUCAAUGAAUCUACAAAUUCAGUUAUUAAGGAAUUCACUGAAUUAUCGGAAACGAAUAUAACUGCCGCAACUAUGUAUCCUGCAAAAACGACAACACAUCAGCCCACUACAAGCGCUGAUCUAGAACAAUUGAGAUAUAAAUUUUCAAAAGUUCACUUUCCAUUAUAACAUUGUAUUAAUUGUAG